GACUUUGCUAUCCAUCUGCCAGGACCUGGGGAGAAAGAACCGGCAGCUCUCUAUCCCUUCCCCCUCUGCCAGCAUUUCGGGCACCCAGCAGGGACUCAUUUUGGGGUUCCCACUGACUUCCAGGAAGGAUGGGAGUCCUUCUCUGACCCCAGCUCGGGCCGCCACCUGUCUUUGCCUCAGUGACCCUUCUUCCAUAAUCCUGCGGUGCCUUGAGUCCUCCAGGAAUGGCGCAGAAGGGACGCGGAGCCAGUCGGGGACCACGGGGUCAGCAGAGGAGCCCUCCCUGGAGGUGGCGCGUCAGGCGAAGGCCCUGCGGGAGCUUGGUCAAACAGGAUGGUACUGGGGAAGUAUGACUGUUAAUGAAGCCAAAGUGAAAUUAACAGAGACACCAGAAGGAACUUUCUUGAUUAGAGAAAGCUCGCACUCAGACUACCUACUGAUAUCUGUUAAAACAUCAGCCGCAUCAACUAAUGUGCGAAUUGAAUACCAAGAUGGCAAAUUCAGAUGGGAAUCUAUCAUAUGUGUCAAAUCCAAGCUUAAACAAUUUGACAGUGUGAUUCAUCUGAUCGACUACUGUGUUCAGAUGUGCAAGGAUAAGUGGACAGGGCCAGAAGCCCCCUGGAAUGGCACUGUUCACCUUUACCUGACCAAACUGCUCUACACGUCAGCACCACCUCUGCAGCAUCUCUGUAGACUCACCAUUAACAAAUGUACCGGCACCAUCUGGGGAUUGCCUUUACUAACAAGACUAAAAGAUGACUUGGAAGAAUAUAAAUUCCAGGUAUAA